CUAACAGUAACUCGCUCAUCUCUCAUCUUUGUUAUGCGUUUGUUUGAGCGAUGAUGCUAAUCCAUUAAUUUGCGUUGGGCUAGUCAUUCUAUGGUCGUGGCAGGGCCUUUGCAAAUGGAACCACUGGAAUGGAUUUUGUAACCGUACCUUAACUUUUUUCCGACCGGCGUGUUUGUCAAAGAAUAUCCCACGAGAAAUAUGAUUGGGUUUUGGUGUCGCCUGCUGCUUCUUCAUCAAAUAUUCACCUCGCCUGCACGCUCGGCGGUGGUGUCUCCGCAGGACCCUGUGCUGUUGGUGGGCUCCAGUCUGACGGCCACCUGCGCCCUGAGCCCCGGGCUGCAGCUCCACGCCGGCUUCCUCUACUGGACCUUCAACGGGAACCGCCUCCCCAGCAGCGUGUACCAGGUCCAGGGCCCCGGGGUCCUCUCCGUGACCCUGCACAACCUCAACGGCUCCCAGCAGCAGUCCGGGGACAACCUCGUGUGCCAUGGACGCAAGGGGGAGGUCCUGGGCGGCUCCUGCCUCUAUGUAGGCAUGCCCCCUCAGAGACCCGUGAACCUGACCUGCUGGUCCCACAACACCAAGGACCUGACCUGCAGAUGGAGCCCUGGGGGGCCUGGAGAGGGCUUCAUCAGGACCAGAUACACACUCAAGUAUAAGCUGAGGUGGUUUGGUCAGGAGACAGUGUGCACAGACCACAACAGAGGCAUAAAUACCUGCUACAUCCCCAACGGUCUGGCCGUCUUCACCCCCUACGAGAUCUGGGUGGAGGCCACCAACCAGCUGGGCUCGGCGUCCUCGCGCGUGCUGACGCUAGACAUCGUAGAUGUGGUGACGACAGACCCCCCACCUGAUGUGCAGGUGAACCGUGUGGGUACCCUGGGGGACCAGCUGACUGUGCGCUGGAGGAGUCCCCCAGCCCUCCGAGACUUUCUGUUCCGGGCCAAGUACCAGAUCCGCUACAGGCUCGAGAACAGCGCCGACUGGAAGGUGGUUGAGAAUGUGGGAAACCAGACGUCCUGCCGGCUAGCUGGUCUCAGACCUGCAACAGUGUAUUUUGUCCAGGUUAGGUGCAACCCCGUGGGCAUCUACGGCUCUAGGAAACCAGGAAUCUGGAGUGAUUGGAGUCCACCAAUGGCAGCCUCGACCCCUCAGAGUGAGCGCCUGCAGACGGGGUCGUGCGACGCGAAGUCGGGGUCACAGACGGCCGCGCUGCGUCGGGAGCUGAAGCAGUUCCUGGGCUGGGUGCGCAAACACGCCUCAGGCUGCAGCAGCGUCAGCAUCAAACUCUACGACCAGUGGCGCGCCUGGCUGCAGAAGUCCCACAAGACGCGCAACCAGAUUCUGCAAGGUGAUAAAUCAUAGUGCACUGCACACACACACACACACACACCGCGGAGAGCUGAAGGACUCACAGGGUAUGAAAGAUGCAGGAGGAGACUCGGAUGCAGGAGAGUGUGAAACGGUGAAAUAUGCGCUCAGAUGGUGCUCCCUCAGCAGACGGAGUGGAACUUCAGAUCGAGAGUGGAGCCGAGGACCACACAUUCGCACAGGCCGCCUCCUACGCAGAGAGGCUUCGGCUCACACUGCUGCUGCUGCACUGUCCAAUGGAGAGAUUUCUGAAGCCUGGACGAUAGAGAUGAAGUCCAGUAACAUUGGACAGACAAAGGGGUUUACCGGUUUUCUGGUGCUUCCCUUUUUACAGACAUGGUUUACGCAUUCUCAAAUGCAAAGGUUUGCAAUUAAGGCUACAAGGGAAGAUCUAUGGAGACAAAAGGCACCAAAUCAUCAGUGUAUAUGUAUAUGCAACACCGACGAAAGGAAACCACCGUGCUGGCCUGAUGCUGCUAUAAUGUUCCUGUUGUUACAAUGUAAUUAGUCAUUCAAAUUCUUCUUUUGAAAGAAUUUAGUCCAUUGUUAUAUAUUGCUUGGUCAGUGAUAUGGGACCAUUUUUUAAAUAUAUAAAUAAUACAUUAUCUACAUACAUUUUACUCCCUUUUGCCUACUUUAACAGUUCAUUUGAAAUGUAUGUAUAUAAAGUGGACCUUGACCCAAAUAUAUUAAAGCCGCAGUUUCUUUAACAUGCAUAUGUACUGUAUAUGAUUCUGAAAACGGGACUGAAGUAAAAACCAUAGUUUUCUUGUUAAUGAAAACAAUGUCAUGUAAGUGGGACAUUGGGAAUCUGAUUGUAAUGUGCAAAAGAACCGCACUCACUAAUUCAUUCUUUUCACUUUUUUAUUAUUGCUCCAUGUCUAAACAAACGCGUUUCAGCGUCAAGCCGUACAUUGGGAAUCUGAACAUCGAUGGAGGCAAUCUUAAACUGAGGAAGACCUAUCAUGCCAUCUCAAGGUGUUUGUAUUCUGGAUUAAAAUGCAUUUUUAGAUGCAUUCUUUCAAAUAAUUAAUAGGAACUAAUUGUCUAUUUGUUAGGGCCCAUAACAUCUGUGGCAUCUCUGGAAGGGCUUUGACGGGACCCGGCGGUCAGCCAUUUUACUGGCCUUUUCUCUGCCUACGAACAUAAUCAAAACUCUUUGCACAUAAUAAGCAAGGAUUUUAGAAACC